AUGAAAUUGGUUAAAGAGUGUGUAGGAACAAAUACCACUGGCUAUCAAAAUGAAACUGAAAUGACUGAUGUAAUUGCUAACAAUACUGGACCUAUUAUUGGAAUUGUGUUCAAGGUCGAUAGUACAAGCAACACAUUUAGAAACGGCUUGGAAUAUACAUUGAGAGCUAUGCCCAACAAAGAUGAUAAGUAUCAAAAAGUUCAAAUCUGCCUGGAUAUAUCUUAUAUUGAAAUGAUUACCAAUGUGAGUGUCACACAUGAAUCAUUAGGAAUAAAAACUACACAAAUGAAAACAGAAGUAUAUAAAGAAUCACUCUUGCCAUUUGAUGUUGCGCUAAGUUCAUUCUGCAUUAUAACUUUAUUGGUGUUUGUCAUCACAUAUUCAGUUGAAAUGGUAUAUAUAGCAAAGGAAAAAGCUGUUGGAAUAAAUGCUUUGAUGUCAUUAAACGGAAUUAAAAAUUGGAUGAAUUUAUUAAGUUGGCUUGUUACUGGUGUUAUUUGGAAUUUUUUGUUAUUAAUACCAAUUGUAUUGAUGCUUAAAUUUUCCUGGGUCCCAGAAUCAAAUGCAUUUAUGGAAAAAGGAAAUCCAAUCUUGAUAUUUAUGGCAUUUUCAUUACACAUUGUACAUCUUUUGUGUUUUGGAUAUCAUAUUGCAUCUUAUUUUAACAAAUCUUGGAAAGGAGUAGUGACGUCAAUUUCAUUCCUUUGUUCAAUAAGAAUUAUCAAAUCAGCAAUGGAAGCAAUAAAAUAUCAAGAAACCGCAAAAUAUCUAGAGAUAAUCAGUCCGAGUUCUUUUCUGACUGGAAUUUUUAACGCAAUAGAAAGAUAUGAAAGACAAGGCAUGACAAUUGGAUUUAUGAAUAUGUUUUCAACCGAAUUAGUAACACAGCCAUUUGAAACAUCAAUUGGAAUGAUUAUGCUUUUUUCAAUAUUGGGAGCAAUACUUCAUUUUUUCAUGGCACUAUACAUUCACGCAAUUAAACCUGGUGAAUAUGGUGUUAAACGUCAUCCUUUAGCAUGGUUUUUGAAAAAGAAAAAUAUAACAGAAGAUGAACAAAUCCAAUUAGACUCUGAUUAUUUUGAACAAAAAAAAGAAUUCGAAAAAAUACCUGCUGGGUGUCUUAAAGCAGGAGUGCAAAUCAGAAAGCUCAAAAAAAUAUAUAGCACAGGUUUUAUUGAAAAAGACGAAUUUCACGCAUUAAAAGAAGUAUCAAUUGACUUUUAUCGAGGUGAAAUAACAGCAUUACUGGGUCACAAUGGAGCUGGUAAAACAACAAUGAUGUCAAUAUUAUCAGGGUUAACUGGCUCAUCAGGUGGUGUUGUCAUAAUAAAUGGAAAAAAUGUUUUAAAUAAUCAUGAUGUAAUAAGUAAUAAUGUUGGUCUUUGUCCUCAAGCUAAUAUAACAGUUCCAGAUCUUAAUGUUUAUCAACAAGUUUUAUUUUUUGCUAAAUUACGAGCUAAAAAUAAAACUUCAGCACAAAUUAAAGAAGAUGUUGAAAAUUUACUUUUAAAAGUUAAUUUACAAGAUAAAAAAAAUUGCGCACUAGAUCAAUUGUCUGGGGGACAAAAAAGAAGAUUAUGUUUGACACUGGCUGUGAUUGGUGAUGCAAAUGUGUUGAUUUUUGAUGAGCCAACAUCCGGAAUAGACACUGAGGGUAAACGAGAUAUUUGGGAUAUGAUUUUAGCAAUGAAAAGUAAUAAGACAAUAUUAAUCAGUACACAUGAUAUGGAAGAGGCAGAUAUUCUUGGUGAUAGAAUUGCCAUAAUGCAUUCGGGUAAAAUCAACAGCUAUGGAACUUCUAUGUUUUUGAAAAAGUUACAUGGAGAUGGUCAAGUAAAAGUUACACUUUCACUUAAAUCUAGCUGUGAUACUGCCAAGAUACUCGAGAUAAUUGGUGAGGAUGUGAAAACUUUAAAUCAAAGAAAUGAUUCAAUUGUAUUAGCAAUUCCCAAUUCAGAAUCAUUACCCGAGACAUUGGAUAAAUUAGAAUUUUCUAAAAAAAAAUUGGGCAUCACUGGCAUAAGUGCAUCAAUAAUUACUUUAGAACAAAUUUUUGUCAAAGUCACCGAGGAAGUUGAUCAUAAUGUCAAUGGUACGACUAAUGAAAUUGGUCAUGACCCAAUACUCUUUAAUGAAAAUAAAGGUUUUGACUACUUGAUGCAAACCUUGUGGGGAUAUGUGAUCAAGAAGCAAGCAUAUGCCAUGAGAAGUCCAUGGAGUUUCCUGCUUCGACUUAUUCUUCCUUGCCUUAUAGUUGUAUUAAUAUUUUUGUGUUCACUAUCUGAAAAACCUAUCGAAACAGUAGAUUUGACAUUGAAUGAGGACUCAGUUUCAUUGUACAAGAAAUGGAAAGCCUCUGAAGAAAUGAUUAUCACUAAUAGAAACUAUACAAAUUUUGCUUUUGGCAACGAAAGAUUUAUCACUGCAGAAUAUAAUAACGUAUCGAAUAAAACAUUGAAUGUGAAACAAUUGUUUUAUUCAGACAAUCAAAAAGAUGAAAUUUCUAAAACUAUAAAUUUUAUUGACAAUACUUUGCUAAAGAUAUACAGCAAUAAUUCAGAUUCAAAAAUUCAAGCAUCUAAAAAAGAUAUUUAUCUGUCAAGUGAUUCAAUAUACCAAAAGGAUGGAAAUAUAAAUAUGAGAUUAUUCAUGAUUAUUCCAGUUAUGGUGUCCAUUUUGUACUUCAACAUUAUAGUAACAAAAAGUAAUUAUUUAAACUUUAGAAUAAUAAAAGGUCUAACAUUACCAUAUUGUUUAAUCAUCUUUGUAAUAUCAUUCGUAUUAUUCAUUGGAAUUAUCUACACUGUCGAACAAAAAAUAAUAGCAAAAGUUUUGGGAAAAAUCAAGAAGAAUAAUUCAAUUACGAACAUAACUGAAACAGAUGAGUUAGUGCAAAAAGAAAGAGACAUUGUUAGUGGAGAGGUUGAAAAACGCCUUACUAAAACAAUUAAGCAUAAAAAUGAAAAUGUUUUUUUGGCACAUGAAUUGAGAAAAAGUUAUGGAAAUUUACAAGUUGUAAAAGAUAUUAGUUUUCGAGUAAAAUCAGGAGAAUGUUUUGGUCUUCUUGGAGUAAAUGGUGCUGGAAAAAGUACAACUUUUAAAAUGUUGACUGGUGAAGAGAGUGCUUGUCAUGGUAAGAUGUACUUGAAAGACAUUGGCAUGCAUGACAAUCGUGGUGACUAUUUAUCCAAAAUGGGAUAUUGUCCACAACAUGAUGCUCUAAUUGAAACAUUAAAUGCUUGGGAUCAUUUGUACCUCUUUGCCAGACUCAGAGGUGUACCAGAAUCACAAAUAAAAUCAUCAGUUGAAGGCUGGAUAAAAAGAUUGAAUUUGACUGCUUGUGCUUCAAGACCAAGCCGAACAUACAGUGGUGGAAACAAAAGAAGGCUUAAUAUUGCAUUGGCAUUAAUCGGUCAACCAUCAUUGGUUUUGAUGGAUGAGCCAACAACUGGUGUUGAUCCAGCAGCAAGAAGAUCAUUAUGGAAUACUUUAAAGUAUUGUCAGAAAUCUGGUCAAUCAAUAAUUCUCACUUCUCACAGCAUGGAAGAAUGUGAAGCUCUUUGCAAUCGGUUGGUUAUCAUGGUUAAUGGAAAGCUAGUUUGCGUUGGUGCAGUUCAAGAACUAAAACAACGUUUUGGUGCUGGUUACAAUAUUCACGUGAAAAUGUCACCUGCUUCAUCUGUUGAGGACGUACAACAUAUCAAGGAAACAAUUGAGUCAACUAUUAGAUGUCAAAAAAUGGAUGAAAAUUCUGGUUUUCUUGGAUAUCAUGUCACUGACCCUGGUGCGACCUGGACAGUGAUGUAUCGCAUGAUGAAUACAUUGAAAAAUAAUUAUAAUUGUAUUGAAGAUUUUGCAGUACUUUCAUCAACACUAGAGCAGCUUUUCAUCCAAUUUGCCAGAGCUGAGCAUACUGAUUUAACUAGUCAUGAAAUUCCAUAA